UAGAAGGAUAGAAUGAUUAUAAAGACUCAUGGGGGUGGGGGAAUUGGAUGUUUAGUUAAUGUACUUUUUGAAAACUGUAGCCUUAACACCAUGGAGGUAUUUUCAAGGCAACGGUACACCAGUUGACAUAAGAAAAUUUACAGAAGAACGGGAAAGGCAGAGAAAUCUUGACUACUACUUACCGAAGAGGAAUUUUCAAUUUCUAAAAAUCUGGUUAAAAAAAUACCCCUGGCUAGUGUACGAUGAUGGCACAGACAUGAUGUUUUGCAGCCUAUGUCGCAAACAUGGAGUGAACUCGGGGGGUCACCGAGUCAGCUUUUUUUAUGGCACCGACAACUUCCGGACGGAAUUUUUAAAUGCACAUAACAACAGUGAAGCGCACGCUAAGGCUUCACGGAUGGAGGCUACAGGAAUCUCCAACCCAAGCGGAGCAUCCUCAGAGCAGAUGAUAAAGCGCUUGAGCAGAGUAACUCUGGGAAGAAUAGAGAAUCUAUUUCGGUCGUGCCACGCCAUUGCCAAGACGGGACGCCCCCUCAGAGACUUCGUCUGGAUGUGCAAACUGGACGACAUGAAAGGCGUGGACAUCGGCCCGGUGUUCAGAACGAACAGAUCAGCCAAAACCUUCAUAUAUUUCAUCGCCGAAGUGGAACGCAGGAUUCUGAGAGAGAAACUCGAAAAAUGUAAGUUCUUCUCCCUCAUUAGCGUUGGAGCCACCGAAAACACAGUCAAAGAGGCCGAAGUCGUCUACGUGCAGUUUGCUUAUGCGGGCAAAGUCCACUGUCAAAUUGUGGGGGUUCAAACUUUGGACAAGACCGAUCCUUCCACUGUAAAAAAUGCCAUUGUCAAGACACUGGAAGUAAACCUUCAGCUCAAUCUGUCAAGCACAGACUGGUCCAAGAAGCUAGUUGGGUUUGGAAGUGAUGGAGCAGCCUUAGGGGAAGACAAUGGGAUAGCUGUGCUGUUAAAGGAAAUCCAGCCUUGUGUGCAGACAGUCUAUUGUUUUGCCCACCGCCUUGAGCUGGCCUACAAAGGAGUCUUACAAAGCAUUCAACUGUACAACAGUGUGAACGACCUUCUCCAAAAGAUCCACUACUUUUACCACAAUUCACCUCUAAAUAAAAGUUGGCUGAUAUCCACCUUUGAAGACCUUAAGCUCAGCCCUACGAUUCCUUCUCGAGUUGGAGGUGAUAGAUGGCUCCCUCGCCUGCAAACCGCCCUCCAAGUCCUCCUUAAGGGAUACUCAGCCAUUGUCCUUCACCUAAAGAAGAUCCAAGAGGGUGGAAGUGUAUCCGGUGACCAGAAAGCCAAAGGACUUCUAAAGCUCCUUCUUAAUGCUGAGGUUUUCAGGUUUGCUCACUUUCUGCUGGAUGUCAUUAAUGUCCUCGGCAUUCUUUCCCGGGUUAAUCAUGACAGGAACUCAUCCAUAGCCGAUGUAUUUGCAACUUUGCAGUCAACGCUAGAAACCCUCAACAUGUAUCGAUCGAGGUAGGAUAUUUCAUAUAACUGAGGUCGAUCAAACCUGACAAAUUGUCUCUAUCAAAGGCACGGACAGAUAUUUUUCUCCUAUUUUUUUUAAGAUUGGGUCCAAAGGAGCGUUCGGUUGAUUCUAUCACGCAUCUUCAUGGGAACCACCUCACUGGAAAUGGA